AUGGCGCGACUGCAGCAGAAGCGCGGAGUGUUGAAGUCGAAGAGUCGCAAAUUGAUGGCUCUUUGCGCGUGCGGAGUUCUGGCAUUGUCAAGCGGCAGCGCGUUCGCGGACCCGCUUGCAGCGGCACAGUUUCUGCAGACUUUGGACGACGGGUCGGCUCAGCCUUCCAGCAAUGCUGUGUCGUGUUCAGCGGCACAGAAAACGGGGGGCAGCAGUGUUGAGCACCGCAUUCUCCUGCUAUCGGAGAGUCAGCUCUGUGCCACCUUUGAAUGCCCUAAGGAGAGCCAAGCUAUUCCAACGGCGUUGACAGACGUGUGCGUCGCCCCUAAACACGAAACGAUGGAUGCCUGCCGGGAGGCCGGGACAAAUCUCAAGGACGUUCUCCAAACAAACAACCCACUAGCAUGGACGGUUGCGGACGCCAAGGCCCAGGGAGCAGGGGUAACGCGAACAUUGACCCUAAAAAAGGAAGACCUGCCUUUCACGGAUAAAUCUUUCUUCGUGGGGUGCCAAGCAUCAGGUCAGCCACAAUCUCCGUGCCAAGUCGACAUCACAGUGAAGGCGAGGUCUUCAUCCGUCGACGACAAAAACGUCGUCACAUGUGCUUACGGCGCCGAGAGCAACCCCAGUGCCCUGCAAGUCCAGAUUACAAAGGAGAACAACACACUCACCAUUGCGUGUGGAAAAAAUGGAACUAUCAAGCCGGCGAUCUAUCAAGAUCGCUACUGCGAGGACGAGAAGCUAUCGCAGUGUUCCAGGAGCUACAAGGAUAUUUUGCCCAGGUUCGACAGCUCGUGGUGGACAAAGGAGGGACACGCAGCUUCGGCUGACACAUUGAAGCUGACGAUCCCUAGGGAGGGUUUUCCAGCUGAGGAGCAGAUGUUUUAUGUUGGCUGUGCUCCCAUGUCUAAGGGUGGCAGCCAGAAGGUCUCUGACGUCGCCGAUGUCGAGGAAGAUGACAGCCACGCCUCUCUCAAAGGCCAGAGUACUUGCAGGGUGCAUGUGACCGUGAGGGCAUCAGGUUCCGCUCUGCCUGCAAGCUCCACUGCCUUGAUAGCCGCUGGGGGUUUCGGCGCGGCAUUUUUGGCGGGCCUUUUCGCGGAUGUCUUCUAG